AUGGCCGACACCACUACCGACGCGCCUGCUCAGGCUGUGCAGGUCGAAGCUCUCGUGAUUAUGAAGAUCGCGAAGCACUGCUCGACCAACUUUCCCAGCAUGGCCACCGGGUCCCUUGUUGGCAUGGACCAGAACAACGUCGUCGAGAUCACCAACACAUUUCCCUUCCCCACUGUCGACUCGUCCGCUGUCGACAGCCACCAGAACGAUGCUGCCCUGGUUGCCGCUGCCGCCCCUCGCCAAAAGUCCAACAUUGCCUACCAGAACGAGAUGAUCCGUCACCUUAAGGAGGUCAACAUUGAUGCCAACAAUGUCGGAUUCUACACAAGCGCCACAAUGGGCAACUUCGUCAACAUGGCCUUGAUCGAGAACCUCUAUUUCUACCAGAAGGAGCAGAAGGACAUUGUUGCCCUCGUCUACGAUACCAGCAGAAGCUCUCAGGGCAAUCUGAGUCUGCGCGCAUUCAGACUUACCCCUACCUUCAUGAACGCUUAUAAGGAGGCUAAGUUUACCACAGAGAGCCUGCAAAAGUCGAAGCUCACCUUCAAGGAUAUCCUUGUUGAACUUCCCGUCACUGUCCACAACUCGCACCUCCUCACAUCCUUCCUCCAUCAGAUGCCCGCUAUCCCUUCACAAGACGACCUUGAAGGGCCGACGACGCUGGCGGAGCUUGAGCGCGAGCCCAUCAACGCUCCUCUCUACCCCAACAUCGACAACCUUGACGUCGCCGUCGAUCCUUACCUGGAAAAGACCUGUGAUCUGCUGCUAGAAAGCAUCGAGUCGCACUACACCGACCUCAACAACUUCCAGUUCUACCAGCGCCAGCUUGCUCGCGAGCAGACCAAGAUUUCACAGUGGCAAGCCAAGCGCAAGGCUGAGAAUGCCCAACGCACCCUCGCCAAGCAACCCCUCCUCCCCGAAGAUGAGUGGCAAAGGCUGUUCAAGCUUCCCCAGGAGCCCAGCCGCCUGGAGGGCAUGCUCAACGCCAAGCAGGUUGAGCAGUACGGCAAGCAGGUGGACGGGUUCACGGCCGGUAUUACUUCCAAGAUGUUCGCUGUUCGAGAGAAUCUCCUGCCGCAGUAA